UGAAAUUUCUUUCGCUUUCACGUUGGCAUUAGUACCGGUUGCACCUAGAAACCUGCUGGUUUAUAUACGUAUACAAAUAGUACUAUUUCUGAAAGAUGGGUCUCAAACGAAGAACGGGUACAAAAAAUCCAUCGAUACUGAGUAGUGAAUUUUUUAUCCAGAACCAUGCAGAUAUUAUAUCAUGCAUUGCUAUGAUAUUUGUAGUCGGCCUUUUAUUUCAGGUCACUGCUCCAUUGGCAUCCAUAUUUGUUGUUAUGCAUCAUAAUGUAACUGAAGGACUUGAUCCAAAUGAUAUUGUGCUGUAUACAUAUGGACGUCAAGAUGCUUGUGUUAUUACUUUUUACUUCCUCAUUGCUAUUGUGAUGCAUGCAAUUCUUCAAGAAUAUGCUCUGGAUAAACUUAAUAGAAAAUUGCAUCUGUCAAAAGUAAAACAUAGCAAGUUCAAUGAAUCUGGACAAUUAUUGAUAUUCUACUUAAUAUCCUUGAUUUGGGGUGGUGACAUCAUUUUAAGAGAAGGUUACCUUCUAAACAUCAGUCAAUUAUGGCAGGAUUACCCACACAAUGAAAUGACAUUUAUGUUCAAAUUUUACUUCAUUGUUCAGCUUGCAUACUGGCUUCAUUGCUACCCGGAAUUAUAUUUCCAAAAAGUAAAAAAGGAUGAAAUGAAACCCAGGAUUAUUUACACUACAUUGUACUUAGUAUUUUUGACUGCUGCUUAUGUACUUAACUUUACAAGAAUCGCUAUCUGUCUGUCAGUCUUGCACUAUGUGGUGGAAAGUAUAUUUCAUACUUCAAGACUUCUAUAUUUUGCAGAAAGAUCUAGGGCUGCAUCCUAUGGUUUUACGGUUUGGAAUGUUCUAUUUGUGCUUGUGAGAUUGGGAUCAAUCUCAUUGUCUGUGCUGACUUUCUGGUACGGUCUUGCAAAACAACAAGUUACUCCUGCUAUGGAUAUUGUUACUGGCAAUUUCAAUACUCAGCUAAUUCGUAUCAAUUGCCUUGUGGCUGUCUUUCUAUUGCAAGCAUGGAUGAUGUGGAAUUUCAUAAACUUCCAUAUGAAACGACUACGAGAAAGGGCUGCCCAAGCAGCAUCCAGUAAAAAGAAGGCAUUGGCCAAAAAGGAAAAGAAGCAAAAGAAAGAUGAAUUGAAGAAGGUCUCUGAAGAUGAAGUAAAUGAGUUACCAGAAGUUGAUCAAAACACAAAGAAAGAUUUGAGGUCCAGAACUGGAGUAUCCACAAAAUCUAAACGCAACUAAAUGACUCAAAAAUCUCAAUCUGUCUUUUCCAUAAGUUAAACUUCCUUUUUGUUACAAAUUGGUUCUGCAUUUGUUUGCUUUUGUACUGAUUCCUUUCUUCAAAGUUUUACAUUAAAAUUUUGUUCUUUUUAAAAA